AUUUACAUCGCAGAUGGCAUUACUGGAAAUGAGCUCUUCCCGACGCCUAUAAGGAAUCUUGGCUACUCAUUCCUUCAGAUUUGGAAUCGAGCUGGAGUUGUAAUCUCUCCCUUUGUCUUCUACUCGGCUGAUAUAUGGAUUGCAUUGCCUUACUGCAUCAUGUGCCUUCUCUGUCUUAUUGACACAGUCGCCUUUGAAUGUCUUCUGCCAGAAACAAAAGGAAAACAUCUUGUCGAGCAUAUGCCUGGCCGCGAUCAAAGGAUAUUCCGAGGAUGUGUACGCCCGAGAGAGGCCGAUCAAAGUCAUUAUGUUCCUCCCAGUAUGAGAUACUCAUAUCAUACCAACGGCCCCAUCAUCUCCUUCAGAGGGUGA